CAGUCAAGAAGCGCGCUUUUCGGCGGAUUUUCCAAUCUUCUCACGAUGUCGGGAAAAUCGAUCGUGAGGAUCGGCACAGCUGACGGAGAUUUUUAUUGCUCUGGAGUACUUGCCUGCGCACUCUUAAAACUGCUACCACAGUAUAAGGAUGCAUCUAUAGUGAGAUCUGGAGAUAAAAGUGUCUUAGAUACCUGUGAUAUUGUGGUGGAUGUUGGCGGAGAAUAUGAUCCAUCCAGGCAUCGAUAUGAUCAUAACAUAAAAGAUUUCAAAGAAUCGGUGAGUACCAUCAUAAGAAAACCAGGGUAUGAUUCGACAGUGGAACUAACCAGUGCGGGACUGAUCUACUGUCAUUUCGGUCAUAAGAUAUUGAGGAAUAUACUUUCAGACGUAACAGAGGGCAGAGUUAUUGAUGAAAUGUUUAAGUUUAUUUAUGACAAGUUAAUCAAGGAAAUCGAUGCUAUAGAUAAUGAUGAGCAAAUGUACGAUGCAGUGCCAUUAUAUCUAUCAUGUACUGAUUUAAGUGCGCGCAUACGUAGACUAAAUUUUUCGUUGAACAGCCAGGAAAAAGAGAAACAGUUUGAGAAAGCCGUGGCUUUGGCUCAAACGGAAUUUUUAGAAAUUGUACAAGACGUGAAAAACGUUCACUUACCGUCAAUGGACAUCGUGCGACACGCUGUGGAAAGUCGAUUCGAAGUCGAUCCGAGCGGAGAGAUAAUAACAUUGUCGAAAUUUCUACUGUAUGAAGAGUAUCUGUUUAAACUGGAAAAGGAGAUGAACAUUUCGCCAUCAAUAAAGUAUGUUAUUUUAGAGAAUCAAGAGUCUAGAGACUGUUCUUAUUGGAUUGAGUGUAUGCCAGUAGCGUUGAGAAGUCGCAUGUACAGAAUGUUACUCCCGCAAGCGUGGGGCGGUUUAAAGAGUGAUGCUCUUGUAAAAGCCUGUGGAAUUGAGGGCGCUUUAUUUGUGCUUUCCAGUCGGUGCAUGGGGAGUCACAAAACCAAGGACGGCGCAAUAAGUAUGGCGCAGGAAGCACUCAAGAUUGGGAAAACUGUGCAAGGUGGAGAAAAAUGAUUAUGUCUAGACCAUUGAAUUUUUUUUAGAAUCUUUAUGGCAAUUAUUUUUAAAAACUUUUUUCGUAAUUAAAUGCAACUCAAUCAUGUACAUUUUGUUUUUUUUUUUACACUUGUGGAACUUCACAGUAUGAGAAAAUCAUUUCAUCUUUUGAAUUGUUGUGCGUCAAAUACUUGUGACUAUGUUUAAUAAGGACGAACUAUAUACUGCACACACUUAUUCCAGAAAUUAUUUAAAAAAUGGUUCGUUUAUUGUUAAAGUUUCUUCACAUCUCAGAUCUAUAUAACAUGGCACAAGUUUUCUCCGCAUGUUCUUCUGCGAUCGGGAAGAGAUAGCUCAGUUUUAUCGAUCCGCGGUUUUUGAUGGUUGCAUGCUUAACUCUUCGGUCAGCGUUUCAGGCAACUGCUUGUGCGGCAAAAUGCGCAAUCUUAGCCCCUGGCUCACUUCGGAGUGUCGAUUAUACGGCGAUCAGGUCCAAGUGGAGUGUAACUUAAGCGUAGAACGCAGGCGGAGUGGCAUACAUGGCAGAACACCGUAUGGAACCAGCCCAACAGUCUUAGCUGCUUCCUGCGUAAACGAACAUUUAAUUAAAUUACUCGUCGAUAUAUUGCGAAUCGAUAUGGCAUUACGACUUCAAAUCUAAAUAUAUAUAUAUAUAAUUUCUAUGCUGUAGAUGAACGUUGCAUUAAUGGUUCUCGACUUUCGAUAUUGAAGACCAAUGCUGCGUUGAAAUAAAAAAUCCAUUACGUUAAUAAAUAAAAGUUGAUUAACA